CCGGUCUGGCGAGGGGUGAGGCGGGCGCGCGCCGGGAGGGCGAGGCAGAAGCGGCGGGGUCGGGACUGCGCUGUGCUCGUCGCAAUGACCGAGGCCGCGUUCCAGAAAGCUGCCGAGGAGGUGAAGCAGCUGAAGUCGCAGCCCACGGACCAAGAGAUGCUGAGCAUCUACAGCCACUACAAACAGGCCACGGUGGGCGACGUGAACACGGAGCGCCCUGGUAUGCUGGACUUCAAAGGCAAAGCAAAGUGGGAUGCCUGGAGUGCAUUGAAAGGAAUGUCCAAAGAAGAUGCAAUGAAAGCUUACAUAGCAAAAGUGGAAGAACUAAAGGGCAAAUAUGGCAUCUGAGGACUGGAUAAAUCAUGCACGCCUGAAACCUGCCUUAUUUCUAAUAAUGUGGAAAACUGAUUUCUAAGAGUAACUUUAGAUACCUAAUAUGUCGUAAUCAGUUCUCCUCAUGCCUGUAGCUCAGGAGAAGUUACGUACCUGCCUAAUGUACUGACACGGUAUCAAUUCCUUCUGGGAACGAAAACCUGGAACUCAUUAAAGUGCGUUUGGUACUUUA